AUGGGCAACGCAAUUUUGUUCAGACGACAUCAUGGGCGUGUUAAGAUCAUGCAGUUAGAUGGGCAAUUGUUGAAGGUGAAGGGGCAUCUCUUAGUAAAUCAAAUCCUUGCAGAUUAUCCAGGCUAUGUCAUUUUGCAUUCAGAAGCAGUUCGUCAUAUGGGAGUGAGAGCAAAACCUCUGGAUGGAUCUGCAACUCUCAACGCUAGGCAUCUCUAUUUUCUUGUUGAAUUGGCAAAGUUGGAGAAUCAGACACGAAGGGUUCGUUCUGAGAUACCCACGAAUCCAAAGUCUAGGCUUGAAAGUAUGCUCUUAACGCGGAGAUCCAUUUCUGAUAUUUCUCACACGAAUUGUGAACCAUCAUCAGAUACAACAAUUUCUAAGACCAGUGAGGAUAAUGGAGUUCUUCGGAUUAAAGUCCGGUUUAGCAAAGUUCAACUUCUUGAAAUGAUGGCAGAGAGCCAAGACAGAUCUGGGACAGUGGAAAGAAUCCUAAAUUCAUGCCUCAACAAUUCAAAAUUCCAGCAAAUGGAGGGAGGAAAGGUGAAGAAAGAUUGGGAGGCAAAGGAAGACAAUUUGCCAUGGAAACCCUCCCUAGAGAGCGUACCUGAAACUUGCUGA